GGUUGGAUUACUUGUGAUCCUAUUGUUUUUCUCAUCUGUUCGAGCUUUAGUUUUUAACUGAUAAGACAACAAACGAAUACGUUAAUGAUCGAUGCAUUAAACUGCAGCCGACCGUAAUGAGCGAUAAUAAGCUGCCGUUUUGGCACUACACUAGGUUACUUGCCCACUGCAAUUUUCAUUCAGAACGCUUUUGGUUGCGAUCGAAUACUGAUCUGAAUAUAUAUUUUGUAGAACUUGUUGUAAUACGGAAGAAACUAUUGAAAAAGUGUUAAACGUGUUUAAUUUCUUUGUUAUUCGUUCACAAACAAAAAGGAUUCAUCAAAAUAUAAAAAAAAACUUUCAGGUUUUUCAUAUUGAUAUCAUGAACUGUUAACUGCUGUGAUUGAUUCAACUGAAACCAAUAAAUAGAUAAGUAAAUUAAUAAGAGAGACAGAGUGCUAUUAGUGUUUUAAGCAACGUAUAGGUGGUACAUUUGCUCAAAAUGGCAGAUCCGGAAAUCAUUAUUACCAAUAGCUCAGAGCCAACAACUAAGGCUAGCCUGAUCGUGGUAUCAAAUCGUUUACCAUUCAUCUUGGUGAGGAACCCUAUAACAGGAAAAUUGGAACGUAAAGCCAGUGCUGGAGGUCUGGUUACAGCUGUGUGUCCUGUAGUUAUACGUGGUAAGGGUUUAUGGGUUGGUUGGUCUGGAAUUCACUUGGACAAUCCUGAUGAGCCUAUACCAGAAUCAAAUCCAACUGAUCAAACUCCUACAGCUGGACUUAAAUCAGAUCAGGUCGUUUCUGUAAAUAUUGAUCCGAAAAUAUUUGACAGUUAUUACAAUGGUUGUUGUAAUAAAAUCUUCUGGCCCUUGUUCCACUCAAUGCCUGGAAGAGCGACAUUCGGCGCCGAUCAUUGGAACGAUUACAUUACCGUCAACAAACAUUUUGCUGUUCGUACUAUUGAAGCAUUAGAAAAAUGUCUAAGUAAUAAUAAUGGCAGUGAGAAAAACCCUCCCAUUGUAUGGAUUCACGAUUAUCAUCUGAUGUUAGCGGCCAAUUGGGUACGUGAACGAGCUGAAGAAUUGAAUUUACCAUGUCGUUUGGCUUUCUUUUUACACAUUCCCUUUCCGCCAUGGGAUAUUUUCCGUUUAUUCCCCUGGUCAGAUGAAAUUUUACAAGGCAUGUUGGGUUGUGACUUGGUGGGCUUCCACAUACAAGAUUAUUGUUUGAAUUUCGUCGAUUGCUGUCAGCGUAAUUUGGGUUGUCGUGUCGAUCGUAAUAAUUUGUUGGUAGAACAUGGCGGUCGUACGGUUAGGGUCAGACCCUUGCCUAUUGGCAUACCAUAUGAGCGAUUUGUGAAUUUAGCUAAAAAGGCACCAAGUGUUUUAAAGUCUAUUGAAGAUCAGCAGACAAUUCUUGGAGUUGAUCGUUUAGACUACACCAAAGGUUUGGUGCAUAGACUAAUGGCGUUCGAAGUACUUUUGGAAAAAUAUCCUCAGCAUAAAGAGCACGUGUCUCUGCUACAAAUCUCUGUACCUUCACGUACAGAUGUCAAAGAAUAUAGAGAAUUGAAAGAGGAAGUAGACCAAUUGGUGGGACGCAUUAAUGGACGAUUCACAACUGCUAAUUGGGCUCCUAUAAGAUACAUUUAUGACUAUGUCGGCCAAGAUGAAUUGGCUGCAUUGUACCGCGAUGCUGCUGUGUGUUUAGUAACGCCUUUGAGAGAUGGUAUGAAUUUAGUGGCCAAAGAAUUUGUAGCUUGUCAAAUGAAUCCAGUUCCCGGCGUCUUAAUAAUUUCACCUUUUGCCGGAGCUGGAGAAAUGAUGCACGAAGCUUUAUUGAGCAAUCCUUAUGAAGUCCAUGAAGCCGCCGAGGUUAUACACAGAGCUCUUACAAUGCCCGAAGAUGAAAGAAUAUUACGUAUGAGUCGCUUAAGACGUCGCGAAGCGGAAUGUGAUGUCAAUCAUUGGAUGCGCUGCUUCUUAAAAGCAAUGGGAACAUUGGAGAUGGAUGAUGUGGGUACAACCACAAUGCAGCCUGUUACCGUGGACGAUUUUGAUGACUAUUUGUUAAAAUAUAUUGGCUACAAUCACAAAUUGGCUUUACUCUUGGACUACGAUGGCACAUUAGCACCAAUAGCUCCUCAUCCCGAUCUGGCUACUUUGUCGCCAGAGAUUAAAAAUGUACUCUUUAAGCUAUCAAAUCACUCGGAUGUAUAUGUUGCUAUUAUUUCUGGUCGCAAUGUGGACAAUGUUAAAAAGAUGGUUGGAAUUGAAGGAAUAACAUAUGCAGGCAAUCAUGGUCUGGAAAUUUUGCAUCCAGACGGUAGCAGAUUUGUACAUCCCAUGCCCAUUGAAUUCGAAGACAAAGUUAGUCUUCUGUUGAAAGCCCUUCAAGAUACGGUUUGCCGGGAUGGAGCAUGGGUUGAAAAUAAGGGUGCUUUACUAACAUUCCAUUAUCGUGAGACACCCACAAAACUUAGACCUGCCAUGAUAGAAAAGGCCCGCAGUCUUAUGGAAAAAUAUGGAUUUAAGCCAACCGAAGCUCAUUGUGCUUUAGAGGCACGCCCCCCUGUACAAUGGAAUAAAGGUCGUGCCUCUAUUUAUAUUCUACGUACAUCUUUUGGUGUGGACUGGAGUGAGCGAAUAAAGAUUAUUUACGUUGGUGAUGAUUUGACAGACGAAGAUGCUAUGGUUGCAUUAAAAGGUAUGGCCCGAACAUUCCGUGUCACUUCUUCGGAUAUUGUAAAAACGGCUGCCGAUCAUCGUUUACCCUCAACGGAUUCUGUUUAUACCAUGCUUAAGUGGGUGGAACGUCAUUUUAUGGGACGCAAAGCUAGAGCAAAUUCCUUAACUUAUCGCAAUCCCAAGGGUGAUGGUGUACGCUCUCAAAUGUCAUUGGAAAUGUCGUCGAAAUCAAAUACACUCGAUGUGGAACAUGUUUAAAUACGAUCCAAUCAAAUAUGUAUACUAUAACAUUAUAAUAUUUUGUACCUUAGUCUACUCAUACAAUAUUCAACAAAAAUAUAUAUAAUGACGUGUUUGAGUAAAUAAAAUUUAUAUAUGAUGUACUAUAGAUUUAAGAAAAUUUAAAUUUAAAACCAAAAUACUAUGCACCCUAUAUGCAAUUAUAUUUUCAUUUCAAAUUUAAUAUGUAGAAAUUGAUAUUCUCUAGGCAUAUUUAAUUAUAUAUGCAUAUUAUUGUUUAAGUUUUUUUUAGUUGAAAAUAUGUAUCAAUUUACACGGGUUACACUGUUUGUAUUGCGCAAAAAAUUUUAAGUCAAAUUAAUUCCAAUAAAUAAGUAAAUAAAAUGGAAA